GCUGGGCCGGCCGGGGGCGGAGGAAGGCCAGGCAGGCACGCGGGAACUGGGCUUUUUAAACGCUUAAACCCAAGGAAAUCGUAGCAUCGCGGGACAGGGAAAAUGAAAGACUUUGGAAGUCGCCAGGAAUUUGACUCUGUGAGUUGGUUUCCAAGAGGCUAAGUUAAGCAUCUCCAAGUGGAUAUUAAAAAGGAGCAGUGAGACUCCGGCGGCGGGAGCUGGGAGUGGAGGGAGAGGCCGCCGGAAGCUGCUGGACCUCUGUAGCCUCCACACCGAGGGACACGCCGCGGCCAGCACUGACUCCCGGGGACACCCUGGCCUUUCCCUCGCCGUUGCUUUUUGAAUUUCUCUCCUUUGCUCCUUUUCUCCUCCGGUUUUGAAGAGACAAUGCUACUUCAGUUUGGAGCACAAACAUAUGAUCAGCACAUGGAAAUGUGCCUUGAAAAGAUCUUUUGAGGUCGAGGAGGUUGAGACACCCAACUCCACCCCACCCCGGAGGGUCCAGACGCCGCUGCUCCGGACCACUGUGGCCAGCUCCACCCAGAAAUUCCAGGACCUGGGCGUGAAGAACCCUGAGCCGGCGGCCCGCCAUGUAGACUCCCUGAGCCAGCGCUCCCCCAAGGCUGCCCUGCGGAGGGUGGAGCUCCCGGGGCCCAAGGCGGCCGAGCCUGUGUCGCGGCGCACGGAGCUGUCCAUCGACAUCUCGUCCAAGCAGGUGGAGGGCGCCGGGGCCUCCGGGCCAUCCCGGUUCGGCCUCAAGAGGGCCGAAGUGCUGGGCCACAAGACCCCGGAGCCGGCCCCUCGCAGGACGGAGAUCACCAUCGUCAAGCCGCAGGAGUCAGCUCACCGGAGGAUGGAGCCCCCCGCCUCCAAGAUCCCCGAGGUGCCCGCCGCCCCCGCCGCCGACGCAGUCCCCAAGAGGGUGGAGAUCCAGGUGCCCAAGACAGCCGAGGCGCCCACCGCCCCCAGCCCGCCCCAAACCCUGGAGAAUUCAGAGCCCACCCCCUUGUCUCAGCUGCAGAGCAGGCUGGAGCCCAGGGCCCAGCCCCCCAUGGCCGAGGCCCCACCCCGGAGCCAGGAGGCCACUGAGGCAGCUCUCAGCUGCGUUGGCGACAUGGCCGACACCCCCAGAGAUGCCGGGCACAAGCAGGCGCCCGCACCACGGAACGAGAAGGCCCCCGUGGACUUCGGCUACGUGGGGAUCGACUCCAUCCUGGAGCAGAUGCGCAGGAAGGCCAUGAAGCAGGGCUUCGAGUUCAACAUCAUGGUGGUCGGGCAGAGCGGCUUGGGGAAAUCCACCUUAAUCAACACCCUCUUCAAAUCCAAGAUCAGCCGGAAGUCGGUGCAGCCCACCGUGGAGGAGCGCAUCCCCAAGACCAUCGAAAUCAAGUCCAUCACGCACGACAUCGAGGAGAAGGGCGUCCGGAUGAAGCUGACGGUGAUCGACACGCCGGGCUUCGGGGACCACAUCAACAACGAGAACUGCUGGCAGCCCAUCAUGAAGUUCAUCAACGACCAGUACGAGAAGUACCUGCAGGAGGAGGUCAACAUCAACCGGAAGAAGCGCAUCCCGGACACGCGCGUCCACUGCUGCCUCUACUUCAUCCCCGCCACCGGCCACUCGCUCAGGCCCCUGGACAUUGAGUUUAUGAAGCGCCUGAGCAAGGUGGUCAACAUCGUCCCUGUCAUCGCCAAGGCCGACACGCUGACCCUGGAGGAGAGGGUCUACUUCAAGCAGCGGAUCACCGCGGACCUGCUGUCCAACGGCAUCGACGUGUACCCCCAGAAGGAGUUUGACGAGGACUCAGAGGACCGGAUGGUGAACGAGAAGUUCCGGGAGAUGAUCCCGUUUGCUGUGGUGGGCAGUGACCACGAGUACCAGGUCAACGGCAAGCGGAUCCUGGGGAGGAAGACCAAGUGGGGCACCAUCGAAGUGGAAAACACCACACACUGUGAGUUCGCCUACCUGCGGGACCUGCUCAUCAGGACGCACAUGCAGAACAUCAAGGACAUCACCAGCAGCAUCCACUUCGAGGCCUACCGCGUGAAGCGCCUCAACGAGGGCAACAGCGCCAUGUCCAACGGCGUCGAGGAGAAGGAGCCGGAAGCCCAGGAGAUGUAGACGCCUCCCCCGCCCCCUGGACCCUGCCCCCGAGUCCUUCCCAUCCCCCGGCCUGCCCACUUGCCCCAUUUUAUUUUAUAUAAUUUUCUCCGUUUGUCAUCGUCCUCCGCCCCUAUGACACGCUGCCAUGUAACAAGAUAAGGUGCGUCCUCUGGA